CACGCCCAGCAAACUUUCGAAGCGUUCACUCCUCAGACCUGCAGAGACCUAUGUCUCGUAGCAAGGGAAACCGAUAGAUUUUUAGUUUUUGUUUAUUUUUUGCUGUCUGCGCCUUUUUCUUAUUAUGUGGGACGCCCAUUGCUUACGUUACUAACUAGCUAGGUUAGCUAAAGUGAACUAGCCUUAGCUAGCUACUGCAGAUGGAAGAAGGCGUAUGGCAGCUGCAUGUAUUUGGCAGUUAGCUUUAGCUAAUUAACUAGCUAUGUAAUUAUUCUUUUAUUUAUUUUCAUUAGGAAUGACGAGGUAAGGCAGAGGGAAAGUGAGAUCAAGUUGGCAUUCCAUGUAUCUGGGUAGCUCGCUAAGCAGGCUACCAAUGGAAAUAUCUACACAGAUGGACGUCGUUGAGCGACGGCGGGAACUGUGGAAGCUUCUGUCCAAUCUGAAAAUCACUGUUGAAGGGUUGCUGUCCACCAACAACCCUAAUGUGUGGUCUCGAUAUGGAGGACUGCAGCGUCUGCAUAAAGACAUGAACAACAUCCUCUGCCAUGGCCUGAAACAUGAACAGGUUUACUUAAAACAAAAGGACUAUUGGCGCUUUGUUUGGUGCCUCCGGUACAUUAGCCCAAAGCUUGCCCCACAUGUUGAACAGUUUAGCCAGCUGGAGCCAGUUUUGAGCUGUGGGGUGCAAAGUCAUGGAGAAGGUUACAAGGCAGAGCGUUGGCUUCUUCACAGUCUCCAGGGUCACCUGCUGUCUACCCAGCUGAAACCACUGCUGAAAAACCAGGCCAACAUGCGUAAAUACUACAAUGAUGAAGCGUUUCUUCUUAGUGAGCCCCAUGUGUCAGCCAUGUUCCAGUGUCUGGAAGCUGUGGAACAGAAUAACCCACGGCUGCUGGCUCUCAUAGACACUGUCAGGCUCUCUCAUCUGAAGGAGACUGUUCCCCUGGGCCUUGUCAAAAGCCAGAGCCUCUACCCGCUGCCCGGAGCCUCAGAGCUCCAACAAACUGCAGUGCGCAGAAUCACUUCCUCCCAGAUCUCUGUCAGAGACAACUCUUGCUAUCAACACUUGGAGAGCAGCCCAGAGGCCUGCAGCAGUGUUGAAGAAGCUCCUUGGGAGUGUGGCCAUGGGGACCAAAGUGCCAUAGACACUGGGAUUCCCUACGUCUCUCUGACUGAACCUUUGUAUCCUGCUCAGCAUGAGGUUGGAGACAGUGUGGAUGGCAAUGGAGAUGAUGGCCCGGAGUACCUGGCCAUUGGCAACCUUGGGGGGCGUGUCCGGAGGGAUUCGAGCAGCUCAGUACACAGCAGCGAGCAUGCUCAGAUUAAUGGCCAAACCCCUGUUGCCCCAGCACCUGCUCGGCGCAACUCAUUCUCUGACACACAGAGUGGCAAGAGGCGGAGCUUCAAGGGUCACACCAGGUCACUGUCCGAUACGGGGGUCAUGCAGAAACACAAAGAAGGAGGGGCCCACAGGAAAAUCACCAUUAUAAUAGAGGAUCCUGUAGCAGAAUGUGUUGUGGAUGAGUCCUGUGUGAAGAGCUAUGGUCCUUUCUCUCCUCAGAGCAGUGACAGCAGUCACAGUUCCCUAUAUAUGGAGGCUAAUGGUUUUCAAUACAGCUGUAUCCCAGAUGGAAUGUUCCGGAAGCCCUUGGAGGGUCAGAGUCUUAUCAGCUAUCUCUCAGAACAAGAUUUUGGCAGCUGUGCAGAUCUAGAGAAGGAAAAUGCCCACUUCAGCAUCUCCGAAUCGCUCAUUUCUGCCAUUGAGCUUAUGAAGUGUAACAUGUGCCGAAGGGCUGAGGAAGCCGAGGAGGAUGGAGACAGCGACUGCGAAAUCCAGCAGCUCAAGCAAAAGAUCCGUCUGCGCAGACAGCAAAUCCGCCACAGCCGGCUGCAACUGCCUGGCUUUUCCCAGCAGGCAGUCCCCUCCACAGACAGUUGUGGUUCACAGAGGAGCUCCCAAGAUUCGAUUUACCAUUCUGACUUUGGCUCAGCUGAGGAUGCAGAGAACAUUGAGAUAAGAGAUGCAGACAUCAAAGCAAGUGCAACCCCUUGCAGCAGGUCCUUUCUCAGCUCUGACUCUGUGUCUCCCUCUUUCCUUCAGUCUAACUCUGCGGAGUCAGUGGCUAUGGGGCUUCUACGUCAGUUUGAAGGCAUGCAGCUUCCUGCUGCCUCUGAGCUUGAAUGGCUUGUUCCGGAGCAUGAUGCUCCUCAGAAGCUGCUCCCUAUACCCGAUUCCCUGCCUAUCUCUCCUGAUGAUGGGGAGCAUGCAGACAUCUAUAAACUACGCAUCCGAGUACGUGGAAACCUGGAAUGGGCACCUCCAAGGCCUCAGAUAAUCUUCAAUAUUCACCCUGCACCAAAGAGGAAAGUAGUAGUGGCCAAGCAGAACUACAGGUGUGCAGGAUGUGGUACACGCAUUGAUCCAGACUAUAUAAAGAGACUGCGGUACUGUGAAUAUCUGGGUCGCUACUUUUGCCAGUGCUGCCAUGAGAAUGCUGUUUCUGUGGUUCCAAGCCGCAUCCUCAGGAAGUGGGACUUCAGCAAGUACAAUGUCAGCAACUUUGCAAGGGACCUCCUGGGUAAGAUAGCAGGAGACCCUCUCUUCAACCCCAACGACAUAAACAGCAGCCUGUACAAGAAGGUCAAAGCCCUAGAAGCGGUGCGGGUCUUGAGAGUCCAGCUAUACCAUAUGAAGAAUCUUUUUAAAACUUGUCGCUUGGCUAAAGAAGUGCUGGACCAGUUUGACACCAUUCCUGGUCAUCUGACAGAAGACCUUCACCUCUUCUCCCUCAAUGACCUCAUAGCAGUGCGUUCUGGUGACCUGACCCCAAAGCUACGAGAGCUUCUCCGCUUGGGAUCCACACAUGUUGCUGGCUGUGUGCUCUGUCAGGCCAAGGGGUUUGUGUGUGAAUUCUGUGGCAAUGAGAAGGACAUCAUCUUUGCCUAUGAGCUAAAUAAGUGUCAGCGCUGUGAAGAGUGCAGUGCGUGCUACCACAGGACUUGUUUUAGGAACAGUAAAGAGUGUCCGCGCUGCCAGCGGCUAGCAGAGAGGAGGGAGAGGAUGGCUCGCAGAAAUAUGGAGGAGCAGGAGGAGGAUGACGGAGGAGGUGUAUAAAAUGCAGACUGACGGGGAGAGCACAUGGCUGCUGUACAGACUAUGAACUGCAGUAAACCUGUUGAAAAGGUCUUUAUCUUCCUACUGCUUAGUGGCUUCUUUAAAUGCAGAGGUAUUUUUGUAAAAUUCCUCUUUUGAAAUAUGAAUCGUUCUAUAUCACUGGUAUUGCAGAAGUUGUAUUCUGCCUGUUUUUUUUGGUUUCCCCGCCCCCCCGUAAACUCAGAUGAAGCAAUUGGGUCAUUGAAAGAAGUUAGAAAUGACACAUACCUUUAGUAGUUUAUUUAUUUGUAAAUGUAGUUGUCAACUUUUAUAUAUUGCCAAUACCUAUGUGCCUCUUUCAUGCCCGCUACUGCUGUUGUUCUUGAGACUGAGCAUUUUUGCUUUGCACAGUAUCUGUGUUGGCAGAGGGUGUAUGAGAGCUUGGGUACUGCUUGACAACCAGCAAUAUGACAGCUAGACAGAGAAGCUGUGUGCUUUAAGACAAUAUAAGAUUUGGUGGGGAAUGUUCUAUAAUUAUUUUUAUACCAAACUUUGUUUCAGUUUAAAAAAGAUGUUGUGAUGCUGUGUCCUUUUGGGAUAAUUUAAUUUGCGCUUGUAUGGUGUUGCAUUGAUGGAUAAGAAGCGUGUCAGUUUAAUCAGGUAAGAAACCAAGUUUUUGGUUUGUUUGUUUUUUUUAAAUCACCCUUCUCUGUGCUGCAGGUUAAUAUGUGGUCUGGCUGCACCAAAUGUACCCUGUGUGUUAAGAGAUGGUAUACUCUUAAUCUUAGUUUUGUUGUUGAUAUAUAGGACACUCUUGUAGUCAUAUUUAGUAAAAUUCAUAUUGACUUGAUUAUUGCCAGGUAUGGGUGAUAAAACAGGUUUAGAUUCCGACUUCUAUGAAUUUUUAUAGAGCUGUUUGUCAUGUUCCUGAAAAAGGAAAACCAAAGCUAUUAGUUAAUGACACAAACUGCAAGUAUGAACCUUUUGCUAGUAUUAAGCAGAUUUUUUAAAGUACAUUUUGCUUAAUUAGACCAUUACCAUUUGCAGCCUUUUGAAGCUAUAAAUAUCUUUUUAUAAUACUGAGAUACUUUCAUGCCACGUUUGCUGCAAUUACCCUGCAUUACUUGAUUGAGAUGCUUUGAAACUGGAUUUUGCUGAAUUUGUACCAUGCCAAUUUUGAGUCAACUUAGCCAUCAUUUUUUAAGCAUUAGCCAUGCGAGUCAGUUCGCUGUAUAUAGAGUCAAACUCUGCUUCUUAUCCAGUGUAUAGGUUAUCAACAGCACACCAUAAAUGUAAAUCAGAUUUGUUUUUUUUCCCCUCAAAUAUUACUUUAACAUAGCUGAGCUUUACAAAAAGAUGUGUUUCUGUUGUUGAGUUGUUUACAGCAAUAAGUGUGAGGCACUUUGUCCCUGAAUGCACUGACCCAGUGUGACUAAGGGAAAUGAAAGGACAGACCUGCUUUGAAGUAGCUGUUUAUGGAAUCUUUUUUUUUUUUUUUUUUUUUUUUUUUUUUUUUUUUUUUUUUUUUUUUAAUUGUUCACUGUUAGUUUCCUGCUGAUGGUUGCUGAUGUCGUCUAUAACUGGUUGGUCUGCCUGCAAUUACUUUAUGUGGUUUGUGAUUAUAUAAAAGUGCACUACUGACAAAAUGUAAAUAACAAUUGACCUGUUAUACAAAAUAAAUUUAAAAAGAAAGACUUGCAUUUUA